AUGCUUAGCGAAGCAGAGCUCCUCUUAGUUGUGAUCGGUUUUCUCAUCGCCUUCGUAAGUGCCUUCGGCCUCGGCGCUAACGACGUUGCUAAUUCUUUCGGUACCAGUGUUGGAUCCAAGGUGUUAACCCUGCGUCAAGCAUGCAUCCUUGCCACGAUUUUUGAAAUUGCUGGUUCCGUUCUCCUCGGUGGCCAUGUCUCAGCAACAGUAAGAGGUGGGAUCAUUGAUCCAGUUCGAUUUAACGGUACAGAGAAUGGAGCAAUACGAUUAAUGCAGGGUCAAGUCUCCUCACUUAUUGGCGCAUGCUCCUGGAUGCUUCUAGCUACCUUUCUUAGAAUUCCCGUAUCUGCAACUCACAGUAUUGUGGGAGCAACAGCGGGUUUCGGCCUUGUACUUUUUGGCUCUGAGGGUGUUCAAUGGAAGGGAAUUUUAAAAAUUGUUGGUUCCUGGUUCGUGUCCCCCAUUCUCAGUGGUAUUGUUUCUAGUACAUUGUAUCUGGUCAUCAAAUACACUGUCUUGGUGAAAGAGAAUUCGCUUGAACCAGCUCUUAAUACUCUGCCGUUCCUCUAUGCAAUCACUAUCUUCAUCAACGUUUUCUCUGUCCUCUAUGGUGGACUCAAAAUGCUUAACUUGCCAGAAAUGCCACUUUGGGCAAUCUUAACCACUGCUGGUGUUACAGCCUUUGUAGCCGGUCUCAUUGUGCUUAUUUUUGUACGACCAAUUAUCCGCAAGAAGGUUCAAGACCGUCUCUCUGGCAAGGCACCGCCACCCAAGAAGAAACGCAAUUGGAAUUGUUUAAGGCAAUGUCGUAAUAAGAUUGAAAACUUCUUCUCCACCGAAAAAGCCGAGAAUAGUACAAUAAAGACUCGCCAGAAUGAUGUAGUCGUAAGAACUACUAGUAUCGACUUGGAGAUCGAUAACAUACCAUACAUUGACGAUGUCGAAGAGGAAGAAAACGGACGCACCAUUGGUCGUGAUGGCCAAGUGUGCGACAGACCAGAAGAGGCUGAGGUGUUUGCAUUCGCACAAAUUCUCACUGCCACCUUCGGCUCUUUCGUCCACGGUGGUAAUGAUGUGGCUAACGCUAUUGGACCUGUUAUGGGUCUGUGGAUUGUUGCUACAAGUGGUGAUGUUCUGAUGACUGCAAUGCCAAAAGUUUGGAUUCUCUUCUACGGUGGUCUUGGCAUUUCAGUCGGUCUUUGGGUCUGGGGCCGAAAGGUUAUGCAGACGAUCGGUCAUGAUCUCACCGAAAUCACACCAACCACCGGAAUGUGCAUUGAAUUGGGUGCUGCUAUAACUGUGUUGAUUGCAAGUAAAGCCGGUCUU